CUGUACCCUUGAGCGAUGAAGGACCCUUCUUCCCCAAAUCACUACAAAGCCUUACUACAAAUAUUUCACAUCGCCUUCAUCCUCCUUGGGUUCACUCCUUACUGCAAACCAAGUCGACAUUAUUUUCUUGCUCCCAAAUGACUAUUUUCACUUCUCAACCAGAUCCAAAAUUUCAAAACAAUAUUAAUACAGCACAGCAACAACACUGUCAACAAGGGCAUGAGGACGUUUCAUCCAACGUUCCCAUGCAAGAUCAUUUAUCAGUGGAUGCUUCCUCAGAUUGUCCACCUACCAUCUACGUCGCUGAUGCUAUUGCACGGAGCUUAAUACCCUUGGGGCCGACGUUAUUUAACAGAAAAUCAGAUGCUAACUGUAUUCUUGUAGCAGGCAGUCUGCGCUUUUAUGUGCAUGUUCAAUUGUUGUCGGCACGGUGUCUGACAUUUCGCAAAAUAUUUGACCAGAUGAUUUUUGAUGAUGCUUGGGGAUCCAAGAGCGAUAGCGACGAUGACGAUAAUGGUGGUGAUGAUGGUGGUAAUGGCGAUGAUGACGAUGAUACCAGCGAGAUCGACAAUAUGUCGAUACAAGGUGAUGAGGUCUGUACAGUAGAUGACGAUGAAUCAAUGGAGGAAGACCCAGACGCAUCCCGAUUUGGCAAGAGCUUGGACGAAAACCAUCAAAACCACCAGGAUCAAUCUUACAGCCGUUCUGAAGGUAUUCAGAAUGAAAGCUCUUUCGACUCUGACAUGAAUGAUUCUCUUCCUGAGUUGAAGAUUGAAUUUAGGAAUCCAGAGAGUAGUCGUUUCGAUGAGCUCUUGUACUGGGUAACGCUUUCAUAUUUCGAAACGAACAUUUGGAUGACAUCCUUUAUUCCUAUCUCGCACAGUCACUGCUUUCUCACACAUUUUUCUGUUGUAUGUGUGCGAACCUUUGUAUAUGCAUUGGCAUUGGUAGCUCUACACAGAUGACGGUCCGCGAUGGCUUAGGAGUUUUACUCCUGAAAACUAUUUGGACAUCCUGGAGAACAUCCAUAUUCUUAAUAUUGG